UUCUCUCUAAAAAUGAAAAGAAAAUCCAAGAAAAGAAAAAUAUUGCAUUAUUACAACUUUCUUCUCUCCAUUAUAUUUACACACGCACUUAUCUUCCCUUUAGUCAUAUAACCCACACCAAAAUAGGAAAAAAUAAACCCAUCAAAAACUACAACCAAAAUGGAUAUUGUUAGUAAUAACAAAGCAAUAAUGCUAAAAGUUAUGGACCAACUCGUUCAAGGCCAUGAGUUGGCCACUAAGCUUCAGAAGCUCCUCUCUCAACACGGGUCGGGUCGUGGUCCAGCAGAGGAUCUCGUGGCUAAAAUCUCGGCGUCUUUUAGUGACACAAUCUCUGCUCUUGAUUCCUUCGAACCCAUCCCCUCCUAUCUCUUCACCGCCGUUGAAGGCUCUCAAAAUGCUUCCUGCACCAACGACGGCAAACUUGAGGAUUCCGUUGAUAGUCGGAAAAGAUUGGGACCCGUCAAGGGUAAAAGAGGAUGCUACAAGAGAAAAAAGAGAGCUGACUCGUGGACUGUAGAGUCAACUCUACUUGAGGACGCAUUUUCUUGGAGGAAAUAUGGAAAAAAGGAGAUUCUUAAUGCCAAAUUCCCAAGAAGUUACUUUAGGUGCACACAUAAAUACACUCAAGGGUGCAAGGCGACAAAGCAAGUGCAGGAGUUAGAGCUCGAACCCAGGAUGUUCAGUAUCACAUACAUCGGAAACCACACGUGCGACACGGACGAAGUAACACCCUGCAGUAUCAAUCCUUGUGUUCAUCAUGAUGACGGCAUCAUGGAUUCUGAAGAGUUCAAGUGUCCUAGUUUGAGGACCUCGGUGAAUGAAGAGGAAGAUAACCAUCAUCAUGGUUCGUCCACGGAGAGUGACUUGCAAUUGGUGUGGCAAGAAAUGUUGGUGUUUGGAGAGGAAAAUAAUCAUCAUCAUCAUGAUGAUAUUUAUGGUUGUGGUGAAACUAGUGCAUCUAUUAAUGAUUUGGAUACCACGGAUCUUUGGAGUUGGCAGCGAUUUCCGGUUCAACGACAAUGAGCAGCUCUCUUACUUCGAACAAUGUUCGAACCUAGCUUAAUUUUACAUUAUUAUAGUCUAGAAUGGAACAUCUAUAUUUUCAUUAUAUAGCUCUCUUCUUAUAUUCUCAUUUCUUAAAUUAAUUUAUCCUAUUUCCAAUCCUUUUUCGA